AUGGCGCAAUUCCAUGCUAUGAUGAUGUACACUUCCGUACUAGGAUGGCUAUUCCUGAACAUUUCUAUAUAUAACGUAAACAAGUGGAUAUUCGUCAACUACUCUUACAACUUCCCGAUCGUCCUGACAACGUUGCAUAUGCUAGCACUGUUUGUUACUCAGACCGUUAUCAUUCGAUUUACACCUCUGGGCCUGGCAUAUGGCGAAGGGGACGAUAGACUGAAGAUACAGCCUCACCUGAAGAGAAAGAUAUUCGUUCUGAGCGUAGCAUUCUGCAUUAGCAUAGCCAGCGGAAACAUUGCUCUCAAAUACCUAUACGUAUCAUUCGUUAAGAUGACCACCGCUACCACGCCCGUUAUCACAGUUUUGAUGUCGCAUUUUAUAUUUAAUUUUCAUCACAAUAAAUACGUGUACGUCUCGAUGGCACCAUUGGUGAUGGGCAGUUUGUUGUGCACUUUUGGUGAGGUGAACUUCCAUCUGAUUGGCUUCGUGGCUGCGGUUGUAUCAACAGUGUUGAGAAGUACAAAGACGAUUCUGCAAGCUAUUUUAUUGAAAGAAGAAAGAAUUGAUUCUGUACGGCUACUUUACCACAUGUCUCUACCGAGUCUACUUAUCUUGACUGUCUGUUCAAUCAUCUUUGAACAUGAUGCAUUCUGGGAUACCAGUAUCUUCACCAACUAUCAUCUAUGGUCAAGCAUCCUGCUGAGCUGUGCGUGUUCAGUCAGCUACAAUAUGGUCAACUUCGUCGUAACCUACUACACCUCGGCUGUCACCCUGCAAGUUCUGAAUAAUGUCGGGAUUGUCUUGAAUGUAGUUGUCUCAGUACUCAUUUUCCAGAAUGAGAUGUCGCUGUUGAGUACCUGUGGCUUGUUUUUCACAGUGGCUGGUGUGGUUAUGUAUGAACGUGCUGGUGAAGUAAGUGUUUUCAUGAGAACAAGGCUUAGUAAGUCAAUGGGUCCGGAUGAUUAGAUCUCUAGCUAUAUCUAUCCAACAAAAUAAUGUACUGUAAGUCUUCUAUUAAUUGGACCACCUGGUUUAGCUGAAACAAAUAGGUUUUGAUUUUUCUUUGGCAAUGCAACUACGGCACAUUCAUGAUACAAUUUCUAUUUAUUGACAAGAAAUAAAACUAUUUUUUUUUGUAUUGUUUCCAUGUUUUUAUUCCUUUUCUUCAUUAAAUCAUUGACAUCCUUAAUCGUAUAACCACGGACUAAAACUCAAUCUAGUAAUUCAACCACUCACAAGAUAUAAUUUUAGUUUUUAUUCUAGCAAUUCAGUCACCUCCAAAAAUAAUUGUUCCUUUUUGGUCCUAUUAAUGGAAGGUUUACGAUAGUUUCCCUGCUGUUAAAAUUAAUUUAAUAAGAUUACCAUACCUGCUCUAUUAGUAGUGCAUGUAGAGGUGUGUCUGUCAUGCACUUCUAAUACAGCAAAUACUGUAGUAGUUGUAGACUAACCUAUUCACCUUUCUACAAUCAAACAUGCACUUGUCUACAUGCUGUUUUGUGUUAUAAUUACAUUUUACACAACAUUUUUGAUUUUCCUAAAGGUGCACAUAUUAAAAAGCCCAAUUCUUGAAUACUUACUGGCCUACAACAGCAAAAUGUAUCUUGUUGAAGUUUGGAGAUGAGCCUUCGCCAUGCUAUUGGACUGAAUAUUGUUCAAAUAAUGCAUGGCAUGUGUGAAAAGGUGUAUUUGAUAAGGUUUUCAAAUAUGUUCCUACAAUAGACAAGUUUAGAGUUCUACCAUUAUCUUAGAAACUUGCACUCUCCGGUGUAAUAAUGUUCCAAUUUCGUCUGCGUGGGAAAGUUGAUUUUGACACGUAAGCGUUUGAUAGCUCAUCAGAAGGCAUGUAACCAUGGAAACCAGCAAACACAUUGUGUGAGGUAGAAAUUUAAAAGAAAAUCGCCUGAUGGUACCAUAACUCAAAACUCGUCUAUUCAGAAUGUGAUGUACCGAUAGACAACAAUUUGUUGCUGCUGUAUCACUGUUGAUUGGAGUAUGUGUGUAACAUUGGUUUUCUAUAUGGCAUACUGCAAAUCCUGUAUUUGUUAUUUGGAAUAAUAUUAGCUUGGCAUUUUUGUAAUUUUUUUCACCUCGUGGGGUCUGCAUGCUAUUUCCUUCAUUGAGGGUGUGCAACUGAACAUAAUGAUUGUCAACUGUUUAUUUUUUGAUGUAUACCAUUUGAAAUAUGCUAUUUCUGUCUACGAGAUGACACUACCACUUAUAUGUAAAUUCAUUUAUACACCAUGCACAUGUAGCAAAAGCGUUUUUUGACAUGCAUGAACCAAUUUCUUUCAAAAUUGACUAUGUUGGUACUUUGAAUACGUCAUUGUUAAGUAAUUAUUUCAACAAAGUCUCAAACCCAAAACAUUAUCAAAACUUACCCAAGAUAGAAUGUCAACCUUAAUCCCUCCACCAGAAAAUAUUGCACUCAUGUUUUAUGUAAUUAAAAAUGGUUUUUCAUGACCACACCACCGUUCUCCUGA